CUUUCAUCUUUGCCUCGUGCUUCGUGGGGUGUCAUCUCUCUGUUCCAUCGAGAGGUUAGUCACUGGAUAUAGACUGUUGUGAGGUUGAAAGACCUACAUGUGACAUUCAAUUCGCUCCACCAUGACGAGAGCAAAGAAUCGGCGCCAGAAGAGGUGCAAUCCCGAAAUGAUGCGAUGGGUAUCCGUGUCCUUGGCUGUCGUUGUUGGCACCCCUGACUUUGCUUCUGCAAGUGGCGCAAUCGGAAGACAUAAAAUAGCCAUUGAGCCGUCUACGCCAGCAUCAGCAGCCAUCAGGACGCACCGUUCUCCUCCGUCUGAAGCCCUCUUCCAGCUGUAUCGAGACCAGAGGCAAACAAGAAUAGAAAAGUUGCAAGGCCAUAUACGAAUUCAAGAAGAACAGAAAAAGCGCUACGCUUUAGAUGACAAUAUACCACUCACUGAUCGACAGAUGCAAGCCGAAAGUGGCUGCCCCUUAUGCUACGAUGGAAGUUCCGUCUCGAAUCCAUCCCAAGGAACCUCAAUUGCCAUGGGGUGGACUUGUGGGCAACUGGGAAAUUUUGUGGGGCUUAAUCUUGGGCCAGGAGAAUUGGAAUGCUUGGAGUUUCAAACUGUAGGAGGCGUUGACUGUGGCUGUCCUAGUUCCCCCUUGGACAAUGACUUUUGUGCCAUGUGCACGUCGGCGGAUGGAACUGCUCAACUAAUACCAGAUUCCUACCUGGACUUACCGAUUCCUGUCACCCCCACACAACCUACAGAAGGGCUGACUUGUCAGGAUUUGGUAUUUGUAAGACAGCAAGGGGGUGUCGCUCCCUGCAGUUCUUUGGCAAGCUACAUGAGAUAUUGUGGAUGUCCCCAAAAAGUCCCUGAUGUGGCAACUCCAAAUUCACCAUCAACUCCAGGGGUCGCAGAUACUCCAACAGAUGCUCCAACUAGUUCCACUGUAGCACCUACCUUGGCUCCAAUCAGCUUCCAAGAAAUGCCUCCAGCCAUCAGCAAUAUGUUUACAACUAGUAUGCCCGGUGAUGGUAGCACCACUAUGAUACCCACUGGCGCUGGCCCUGAUCCUGGCGACGGUGGUGGAACCACAAUGGCGCCGAGUGCCGGUUCUGGUCCAGUUGAUAAAUUGGAAGACGAGGCUACAGAUGCACCUAAUGCCGGUGAACCGUUUUCUUGCUUUCUUUGUCCCGAUCAAAACCCGCCUCUGUUCCAAAACCGGGUCCUGCCUUAUUUGACACCUGCUCCAUCUCCACAGAGCAACACUAUACCUGUUGGCCAAACAGAUCCAACGGAGACUACGACAUGUGGAAUGCUAGCUGCAGAGGCUGAAACACUCACGGAUGCUACCGAAUGCUUUGACGCCAUCUUCCCAACCGUCCCUCUGGACGUCCCAUCUUUCUGUGGCUGCUCCAGUUCUCAAACAUGGGAUCUAUGCUCCUUGUGUGGAAAUCAACCCAUUUCUAAUCCGGAUCUAAACGUGCCAGGCAGCGGUGGAUUGACCUGCCUGGAUCUGCAAGAGUACAUGCGCUUCGUCACGGACGAGAAUUCUUGCAACACCAUUGCGGAGACUGCUCGUGCCGCAUGCUGUACGCCCCUUCCCAAUUGCCCCGUGUGUGUGAAUCCUGUCUUCACCUACGCCCAAGACAAGUUGUACCCACCCUUUGGAUUGAAAUGUUCGGAAUUGAGCUUGGCCGAACGACUAGGCCACAAUGUGACCUGCCCGGAGAUUCAGGAACGCUUUGGCUGGUAUUGCGAAUGUCCCAAUGCCAUUCGUCCAUCGUGCAGCCUGUGUGGAGACGGUGUGGACGUUCCACAACCAGAACAACCCGUCCAAGCAUUGGGCGAGGGUGUCACCUGCCAAGAAGUAGACGACUAUGCAUCGCUGCGACCCGCGGAAACCUGUGAGAGUGACAUUGCUGCGUGGAGUGUCGAUGCCAGAGCCUUUUGUGGUUGCCCAGGUUUCAGCCCACGUGGAGACUGUCGCAUUGCUUGUUCUUCGGGUCUGGUAGUCGAUACGAAUGCCUUGGUGAAAGAUGAAGCUGGGAUAUCUAUCAAUGACUACCUGACAUGUGGCGAGCUCUUUGCGUUUGCGCCGUUUGUGACAAGCUCGGAUAUGUGUUUGGCCAUGCAGAGGUCGUCCCAGAAUGGAUGCUGUGUCGCCCCCGGCGAGGAAACAGCCGGGGACGCUGCAACCAGCAAUACCAACGCAGGCCGCAACUUUCCACCUGGUUCACCAGGCUUUCUUUCCUAUCCCUUCCUGAACAGUGACGGAACGUCUUCUUCUUCUGCCCAAGACCCCGUGCACGAACGAACCUCUAUCACAUCACCGUAUGGUUCCCCCAAUUAUCACCAUGCAGCCGCUGCUUCUAGUGCUUCACAGCAAGUAAUGAGAUGGGCUACAUCAUCUCUGCUGGUUGAUGUAGCUCUAUUGGUGGUAGCAGGAGUGUGGCUAGCAUGAUGAUGCAUUGCGGGGGAAAUACAUUCAUUGUUCAAAAGGAAGCGGGGCUUUCACAGAUAUUAUUGGGACCAAUGUGGGGUAUGGUAUACUAUAAUGCAGUGCAACAUCCAGUUAGCUGCCUUGUUUAUUGCUAGUACUCGUACAGUAGUCGAUUUAAAAAAGUACCGGCACAUAGUACGGUGGUUGUUGCGAGCGGGGACAGGAUAAUGCAAUUCUUUCAUUUGAAGUUUGUAGAUUGUUGCAUGAGUGACAAUGAUGUGAUUCUCAACUCUUUUUUGUAGCUACAUGUACUUCCUCCAACUCGGCCACAGCUCACGAGAAAGCUCCCAGACGGCUCAUCUCUUUGAUUGUUCGUUUCUUUUGAUUCAUUCCUUCUUUGUCAUGCCUUGUUUGCAUUCUUAUUGCUAUAUGGUCCCUUUAAAGUUGGGACUGACUUUGGGCGGUGCCUGCAUGCCAUGCAAUCGAUCUGGUUGCGAGACGGGUGUUUUGGUACUAAAAGAGCACACAAAGACGGAUCGGUAUCCUGCCGCGACGGGCAUGCCGGCAUGAGUGACAUCUCCUCCAAAAAUCAAUGCGGAUCCAGCCGGUGGUUUGAGAAUCAAAUCGGGUUGUGUGGCUGGAUUUUCAUCGACUUCUCGAUUCCCCUUCCAGAAUCCAGUGCCGCCUCCUUCAAAGUCACUGUCGGGUGUGGUGAGUGGUAUCAGCACGGUCAAUGCCAAAUGAUCCUUGUGCGCUCCAAAAUAUCCGCCUCCUUCGUAUACAUUAAUGGCGGGUUCUCCUUCGGACCAUUCCAAUUCUCCCAUGAGGUAUAAAUCUCGCAAAGAAUCGCACAUGUCUCGUAUAUGAUCGGGUGGUGGCACGGUGGGUUGUUCUCCUUGGGCAUUGAGGGGUUGUUGGUCAGCCCAAUCGUUGGCGAUAUCGUCUGGAACAAAGAGUGUUUCAAAGAUGGAUGGAAUCGUGUCAUCGAGAUGAUCGAGUACGCGACACAG